AUGUUUUACACGUUAUUUCUUGCAACACGUAUUGUCACUUCGUCAAAUUUCUCCCUUUUUUUUCAUUCUUCAUACACCAUAUUUCAUUCUUAUCUCAUCCAAAUCUUAAAAAAUCCUAACUCAACCCAAUACGCUUAUCUCGGUCUGUUCAUAUCUAUCUAUCUAUCUAUCUAUCUAUCUAUCUAUCUAUCUAUCUAUCUAUCUCAACCUGUUCAUCUCUCUCUCUCUCUCUCUCUCUCUCUCUAUCUAUCUUAUCUGUUCAUAUCUAUCUAUCUAUCUAUCUAUCUAUCUAUCUAUCUAUCUUUGUUCCUAUAUCUAUCUAUCUAUCUAUCUAUCUAUCUAUCUAUCUAUCUCAGCCUGUUCAUAUCUCUCUCUCUCUCUCUCUUUCUCUACCUAUCUAUCUAUCUAUCUAUCUAUCUUAGUCUGUUCCUAUCUAUCUAUCUAUCUAUCUAUCUAUCUAUCUAUGUCAAUCUGUUCUUAUUGAUCGAUCGAUCUCAGUCUGUUCAUAUCUAUCUAUCUAUCUAUCUAUCUAUCUAUCUAUCUAUCUCAGCCUGUUCAUCUCUCUCUCUCUCUCUCUCUCUACCUAUCUAUCUAUCAGUCUGUUCCUAUAUACCUAUCUAUAUAUCUAUGUCAAUCUGGCUAUCGAUCGAUCGAUUUCAGUCCUUAUCUAUCUAUCUAUCGAUCGAUCGAUCAUUUCAGUCUGUUCUUAUCUAUCUAUCACAGUUUAUUUAUAUCUAUCUAUCUAUCUAUCUAUCUAUCUAUGUCAAUCUGUCCUUAUCUAUCGAUCACAGUCCUUAUCUAUCUAUCUAUCUAUCUAUCUAUCUAUCUAUCUAUCUAUCUAUCUAUCUAUCUAUCAUAGUCUAUUCUUACCUAUUUUUCUAUCUAUCAACCAAAAACAAUUUCUUUCAACACACCCCGUUGUCUAUACCUAUGACGGACGCUCCUCAGCCGACCUACAGAAACAAGAUGUCAUCUUUUCAAUCCGUCGAGCACGCACCCAGACGCAAUUUCAUUCAACUACUUAUUUAUGAUUCACCAAUGAGAUUUUUUCCUAUCGUCACUAUUCGAAAUAAUCCAUUUUGCUUUUUCUCGCUUUUUUCCUGGAAAACUUUUCUGCAUAUUCUUAUCUAUCUAUCUAUCUAUCUAUCUAUCUAUCUAUCUAUCUAUCUAUCUAUCUCAAUCUGUUCCUAUCUAUCUAUCUAUCUAUCUAUCUAUCUAUCUAUCUAUCUAUCUAUCAUCAAUCUGUCAUCUAUCUAUCUAUCUAUCUAUCUAUCUAUCUAUCAAUCUAUCUAUCUAUCUAUCUAUCUAUCUAUCUAUCUAUCAAUCUAUCUAUCUAUCAAUCUGUUCCUAUCUAUCUAUCUAUUUAUCUCAAUCUAUUCAUUCAUUCAUCAUAUCUAUCUCAAUCUGUUCCUAUCUAUCUAUCUAUCUAUCUAUCUAUCUAUCUAUCUUAUUUCAUUCUUUCUCUUUUCAUCUUCUUCUUCAUCACUUUCUUCUUCUUCCCUUUCUUCAUAUUAUUCUUUGUCACCUUUUUCUUCUUCUUCAUAUUUUUCAGUAUUUUUCUUUUAUUUAAAUUCUUCUUCUUCUUCCCUUUCCUCUACCUUUUCUUAUUCACUUUUUCCUUCUUCUUCUUCUUCUCUUUCCUCUAACUUUUCUUCUUCACUUUCUCCUUCUUCGCUUUCUUCUUCUUCUUCUCUUUCCUCUACCUUUUCUUCUUCACUUUCUCCUUCUUCGCUUUCUUCUUCUUCUUCUUCUUCUUCUUCUUCUUCUUCUUCUUCUUCUUCUUCUUCUUCUUCUUCCCUUUCCUCUACCUUUUCUUCACUUUCUUCUUCUUCGCUUUCUUCUCCUUCUUCUUCUUCUUUCUUCUUCUUCUUCACUUUCUCCUUCUUCUUCUUCACUUUCUUCUUCUUCUUCACUUUCUUCUUCUUCUUCCCUUUCCUCUACCUUUUCUUCUUCACUUUCUCCUUCUUCGCUUUCUUCUUCUUCUUCUUCUUCACUUUCUUCUUCUUCUUCUUCUUCUUCUUCUUCCUUUCUACCUUUUCUUCUUCCCUUUCCUCUACCUUUUCUUCCUUUUCUUCUUCUUCUUCUUCUUCUCUUCUUCUUCUUCUUCUUCCUUUUCUCUACCUUUUUCUUCUUCUUCUCCUUCUUCUCUUUCUUCUUCUUCUUCUUCACUUUCUUCCUUCUUCUUCUUUCUUCUUCUUCUUCCUUUCUCUACCUUUUCUUCUUCACUUUUCCUUCUUCCUUUCCUUCUUCUUCUUCUUCACUUUUUCUUCUUCUUCUUCCCUUUCCUCUACCUUUUCUUCACUUUCUUCUUCUUCUUCUUCUUCUUCUUCUUCUUCUUCCUUUUCCUCUACCUUUUCUUCUUCACUUUCUCCUUCUUCGCUUUCUUCUUCUUCUUCAUCACUUUCUUCUUCUUCUUCUUCUUCUUCUUCUUCUUCUUCUUCUUCUCCCAUUCCUUCAUUUUAUUCUUAUAUUGGUAGCAGUAGUAGUAACAGUAGUUGUUGCUUUUCUUCUUAUCUAAUCAUUCAAGUAUUUUUCUUUUCUUCUUCUUCUUCUUCUUCUUCUUCCCUACUUACUUUUUCUUCUUUUUCUUUUUCUUUUUCAUCUUCAUUUUCUUUUUUUUUCUUUUCCUUCCUCUUCUUCAUUUAUGCACGUAUCUUUUCCAUUGAUCUGAUCCCUCGUCAUCUAUUCCCCCCCUCUUCUUUUUCCAUUUUUCCCUUUUACCCUGUUCAAAAUAUUUUUCCACUCCCCCUCAGCCUCUGCCUAUUCCUCACUUUCUCCACCUUUCCUCUUCCUUCUGUCAUUUCCUCCAGCCAUUUAUCAAACAUUAUUAUUUUUUCCCUCAUUUUUUACUUUAUUUUACUCCCCUUGUUUCUCUCACCUUUUCACUCAUGCCAAAUACCUUCGAACACCCUUCCCCUAAUACUUUCGUUCCUUAGGAAAAAGAAACACCUGACCACACCCUGCCGAAACAUCUUCCUUGACAAAACUUUGGCAACUCUCAAAACGAGGACCCCCUUAUCAGAAAUCCCUUCUAUCCAACCCAAACCAUCAUGCCCAACAUUUCAAGAUGGCUGUCGUGUAGACGCGGCCUGGCGCACAGAAUUGCAAUUUUCCGAAACAUUCCGAUCUUGCCUUCUUUCUCCUUCUCUUCUUCUUCUUCUUCUUCUUCUUCUUCUUAUUAUUAUUAUUAUUAUUAUUAUUAUUAUUGCGAUUGUGACACUUGUGGUAAAAGGAAUUGACUCGAUAAUGUUACUCAAACGACAUUAUGGAGUUUUCUAUCUUCAGAAUAUGUCAACAAUUACAUGUUUUAAUAUAACUUUUUUCUUUCUUUCUCUUUUUCUUGCUUUCUUUCUUUCUUUUUUCUUUCUUUCUUUCUUUCUUUCUACGUCAUCCUUUCUAUCUUUCUUUUUUUUCUUUUUCUUUUCUUUCUUCUUCCCCCUCUCUAUUUUCUUUCUAUUUUUAUUUUUAUUUUCUUUCUUCUUUUUGUACUUCUUUCUUUCUUUCUUUCUUUCUUUCUUUCUUUCUUUCUUUCUUUCUUUCUUUCUUUCUCCUCUCCAUUUUCUUCCUAUUUUUCUUCUUCUUUUCUUUCUUUUUUUCGUAUUUCUUUUCGUUCUUUUCUUCACCCUCUCUAUUUUCUUUCUAUUUUUCUUUUUCUUUUCUUUUCUUUCUUCUUCUUUUUGUACUUCUUUCUUUUUCUUUCUUUCUUUCUUUCUUUCUUUCUUUCUCCUCUCCAUUUUCUUCCUAUUUUUCUUCUUCUUUUCUUUCUUUUUCGUAUUUCUUUUCUUUCUUUUCUUCACCUCUAUUUUCUUUCUAUUUUCUUUUUUUUCUUUUCUUUUUUUCUUUUUUCUUCUUUUUACUUCUUUUCUUUUCUUUCUUUCUUUCUUUCUUUCUUUCUUUCUUUCUUUUUCCCUCCAUUUUCUUCCUAUUUUUCUUCUUCUUUUCUUUUUUUUUUUUCAUGUAUUUCUUUUCUUUCUUUUCUUCACCCUCUCUAUUUUCUUUCUAUUUUUCUUUUUCUUUUCUUUUCUUUCUUCUUCUUUUUGUACUUCUUUCUUUCUUUCUUUCUUUCUUUCUUUCUUUCUUUCGUUCUUUCUUUCUUUCUUUCUUUCUCCUCUCCAUUUUCUUCCUAUUUUUCUUCUUCUUUUCUUUCUUUUUUUCGUAUUUCUUUUCGUUCUUUUCUUCGCCCUCUCUAUUUUCUUUCUAUUUUUCUUUUUCUUUUCUUUUCUUUCUUCUUCUUUUUGUACUUCUUUCUUUCUUUCUUUCUUUCUUUCUUUCUUUCUUUCUUUCUCCUCUCCAUUUUCUUCCUAUUUUUCUUCUUCUUUUCUUUCUUUUUUUCGUAUUUCUUUUCUUUCUUUUCUUCGCCCUCUCUAUUUUCUUUCUAUUUUUCUUUUUCUUUUCUUUUCUUUUCUUUCUUCUUCUUUUUGUACUUCUUUCAUUCUUUCUUUCUUUCUUUCUCUCUUUCUUUCUUUCUUUCUUUCUUUCUUUCUUUCUUUCUUUCUCCUCUCCAUUUUCUUCCUAUUUUUCUUCUUCUUUUCUUUCUUUUUUUCGUAUUUCUUUUCUUUCUUUUUCUUCGCCCUCUCUAUUUUCUUUCUAUUUUUCUUUUUCUUUUCUUUUCUUUCUUCUUUUUUCUUUUUCUUUCUUUCUUUCUUUCUUUUCUUUCUUUCUUUCUUUCUUUCUUUCUUUCUUUCUCCUCUCAUUUUUUUCUUCCAUUUUUUUUUUUUUUCUUUUCUUCUUCUUUUUGGCCACCGCCAUCGAUUAUCACGUCCCUUCCAAAUUUCUCUCUCUUCCCUUCUUUCUCUUUCUUCUUCGCUUCCGCUUUCUUUUCUUUCUUUUUUUUUUUAUCUCUGUUCUGUGGACGAUCGCAUAUAA